GCUGCGGGGAUGUUGCCCUCCGCGCCGGGCCAGGGGCGCACCGUCUGCAGCCCCAGGGUCUCAGGUUCUGAAGACUACUUUGAGGUCAGCACUCCUGCGGACGGAAGAGGGGCCUGGUCCCAGGUGGCCAGCGAGAGCCCGGCUGUGGACCCGCCAGAGGCAGCCUCCCGGUGCCCGGCGCCUCUGGCCGUGGUGCUGCCCACGGACAUCCCCUGUGAGAAUCCUGGUGAAAUGUUUAUUCUUUUGAGAGAUGAAGUAAUUGGUGGCACUGUGGAGGUUGAAUUCGCAUCAAACGAUAAACGCAUUAGAACACGGCCAGCCCUUUGGAGUAAGACAGUCUGGUGCAUGAAAGCGUUAGAUUUCCCCGCUGGCCCUGUGGCUGUCAGCAUCUACUGCGACGGACUCAUCACGGCCACAGCAGAGAUUCAAUACCACGCCCCGGCAGGGGCGGCAGGACGCACACCGGGCAUGGCAGGGCCAGGGGACGCUGUGUGCCAGGCCGCCCCCGCGGAGCUGGACGCCGCCCUCGCCGGCCUGCUGAGACGCGAGAUGCCCGGCUACGCGUUCCCGCCCCCGGCCGCCGCCCGCGCGCAGGACGAGCACCUGUGUUUCCAAGAGCUCCCAACCUUCCUCCACUGCGCAGCAAAAUUUGGCUUGAAGAACUUGGCUGUUCACUUGCUUGGCCGCCCCGGAGCAGCGCAGGCGUUGCGGGUGAAGAACGUGGCGGGGUCAGCCCCGGCGCAGGUGGCUGAGCAGCACGGGCACACGGAGCUCAAGGAGAUACUCGAAGGCUUCUCGGUCCAAGGAGUGAGCAGAAGUGACGACCAAGAAAAUUACUAUGAAGAGGCUAUCGCCUCACCUCCCGGCCCAGCGGCUCAGCCCCCAGCCCCUCCUCCCGGCUCCGGGCAGACACAGAGGCUGGACGCGGGAGGGGAAGGAGGAGAGCGCGCGGCCGACGAGGCGGCCUCUGAGAACCAGUACGAGGACCUGUAUGUGUUCAUGCCGGGAGGCGGCCCCAAGCGCCACCCGCCAGCGCCGUGCCCGAGCAGCAGACCUCCCCCGCCGCCGCCCCGGGCCUGGGCCGCCGCCUUCCAGCUGGAGAAGCCCCACUGCUCGCCGCAAGGGGAGACGCUGGAGGGCCCGGCGGGGAGGCUCCCCAGCUCGGGCGAUGCUGGCGGGAGACGGGACGUGGGCGAGGAGGAGCCCGCAGAGGAGGAGGAGGACCCCUACAUCUUCACAGAGGUCCACGACAGUGACUACGACAUCAUCCUGGCCGACGACAGUGCCGCGGGGAGAGCUGGCAGCCCCUCCUUCCUCAUCAACAGGCCCCCAGCCCCCACGCCCCGGCCGGUGAACGCCCCCGCGCCCAGAGAGGAAGCUGGGCCCUACAUCGCACAAGUGUUUCAACACAAGACAGCCAGGGGGCAGCCUGACGGCGACAGGACCCGCGGCACUCGGAGACCAGCACCCCAAGCCCGCGCGCAGGGCCGCCCCGACACCGCCAGGGAGCCCGGACGCCGGCAGGACAAGGCCCUGGAGCGGCGCAGGCCCCGACGCGGGGCACGGACCGGCCCGGAGACGCCACUGCCGCAGACGCAUGAAGCCAUGGACACGGAAGGUGGCUGUGUCGUCCUGCGCGCCGACUGCCCUGGUGUUCGCCUCCCUGGCGCCUGUACCGAGCCCGUGGCCGGGGCCGCCGCCCGGAACGCCUUCUGGGAGGGCCACCGCAGGCUUGGUCCCUACCCGCGCUUCUCUCCAACCGUGCGCCCCUGCCUAGACGUGCGCUCGCUGUGA